AUGACACCCGCAGAGAUCAUCGCGAAGAUUCCGGAGAGUUUUGACAAAGCCCAAGAGGCGGGCGACUUGCUGUUCUUUCCAUCCACGAUUCACAAGCACAGUGAGUUCGACGUCGACUUUGAGAUCAGGCUAUGUCCUGCUCUGCAGCAGAAGCCCAACCUGCCGACGCCUCACUUCAAUAGCGCGCCUCAACUCUCCUCAGGGAAACCUGAUCCUUUCGCACCUCCGUACAUACUAAAUCUAUGUCUGGGAGAGAUCAAGGACGAAGAAGAGGGUACGGAGUAUGUCAUCUUGUUCAACAAGUACUCGGUAGUCCGGCACCAUAUACUGUUGAUCACGAAAGAAUACCAGUCGCAGACUUCGCCUCUGCUCCCGCCUGAUCUUGUGCAAACCUAUCUGCUACUGCUGGCCGCCCAGAGAACCGGCCGACGGUACUUCGCCUUCUACAAUUGUGGGGAGCUGAGCGGCGCAAGUCAGCCACACAAGCAUCUCCAACUGAUUCCUGUGGACGAUGAUGGUCCUCCGAUAGAGAGACUGGCGCGGAAAACGAAGAUAGACUACCCAGGCGAGCCAUAUCCCUUUCCGAGAUACCGGGCCUUCGCUCUGAGCUCACUGCCGUACGCGAACCACGUCCGAAGACUGCCUACGAGCCUAUCCUCGACGUCAUAUGACGACCUUGACCGAGAGCUCUCAAAUGCCUUCCUCUCCUUGUUGGAUUUGGUCGUGUCAACAGUGCGGCACGAUCCAGACUACCCGUCGGGAACGCCUUCCUACAACGUCAUACUCACACUGGAGCACAUGCACCUCAUCCCGAGGAAGAAGGAGAACCACAUCUUGGAGGAGACAGGCGAACAGCUGAGCGUAAACUCACUCGGGUAUGCUGGACUGUUGCUCGUCAAGAGCGAGCGGGAAUUGGAGGUGGUGAAGCGCGAGAGCAUCGGUCGGAUAUUGAGGGACGUCGGCUUGCAGAGCGUGCAUGACCUUCUAGUGGACGAACAUUCUCGUGACAUAGUUGGAGAAGGAUUGUCGGUACAGUAG